AUGACAUGCCACUACGGUGAGCGGAGAGGUAGGGGGCGUGGCAAAAGCAAGCAGUACAUCAAAACACUAGAGGAGCGCCUAAAGAAUGUCGAAGUUGCACUAAAAGGCUCUCCUACAGUGAAUCUCGAUUCCCUGCCGUUGGCAUGGCCAGAAGAGAUCACCAGCACCAUAAUCCAUGCUCAGAAGAACAACAUCAACCCUGAACGAAAAGUUUUCGCCCCACUCCCCCUGACAGAGUAUAUUUUACACUUGAUACCCCACGCCUUAGAAGACAUGUAUGAAGCGCAGUCGCUCUUCAGCACCGACGAUGUUUCGAAGCUUUUCAAUGAGCAGUAUUCAGCGGGCCCAUCAAACUGUCACGCUAAUCCUACUCGUUGGGCCACACUGAACGCUCUACUUGCCACUGGCAUUCAAUGGAAAGCUGACAACAAGGCAAUAAAAGACUUGUACCCUCUUUCAUGGGCAUACUUCAAAAAUGCCUCUUCCAUCUUCCCAGAGAUCGUCAUGCACGCUGACGGUAUCGAGUCCUGUCAAGCGCUGAUUGCUAUGGCUUUGCUUAUGAGGGGAACUGCUGACGCCCGCGCAUUUACGGCACUACUAUCCGCGGCGGCGCAUGCUGGCCACAGCGUUGGCUUGCAGUUGGAAGAUAUUCAUGGGUCAAACAGCGUGAUCGACGUAGAAAGGCGCAAGAGGCUUUUCUGGACGAUAUACGUGCUCCGAUGUAAUGCGUCGCUCAACUUUGACCUUCCCGCCCCGUCUGAAGAAGUUUAUACCGAGCUCCCAUCACAGGGCCUCGUAACAGACGCUGGCCUUAGUACAGAUCUACUGAGGCAUAUGUCAUCAUUGGCACAGGUUCAGUCGAGAAUAAGUCGAUGCUCGAGUCCUGGCUCGUCACUCUCCAAGAACUGUGAUAAGAUGAUCCAGGAUCUUAUUGAAUUAGAUAUCGACCUCGAGUCAUGGAGGACAGAACUGCCUCCAGACGUUCAGCCCACAGCAUUGGACCAAGUGGACAAUCUCGGCAUCAUACAGCUCCGCUUUGCCUACUAUGCUUCUACUUGGAAACUGUAUACAGCUAUGGGGAAGCUUUAUAGUGUCCCUCUCACGCUGAUCGAACGAGAACAGCCAAAUUUGCAUCUGAGUACACUUCUCCCCACGCAUAGCGCCAGAGCUACAAUCUCCUUACUUCAAGGUCUAUACUCACAGCCAUUGGCAUCUUUAUGGCAAAUCAUCUGCUACCCAGUCUGUGCUGUUCUGAUCCUCUUGACAGCAGUGCUCAAUGGUCCUGGAGAUUCAGAGGUGCUUUUGAACGUCGAAUCAAUUAGGACAUUCGUCGUGUUUCUGCAAUCCUUCCAAGACCGAGAGGAAUGUGAUCUGAAUGGUCUUAUCGAGUUUUGCUCCAAGCUGUACGAUGUUGCAUCGUUUGCACAACGCAGUUCAACAGAUCUGUCGAACCAGAGUGAAGAUGACACCCAAGGAGUAUGGGGCCAGUAUGCAGACUUGCGUAUCCGCCUUUCAGGUUCUCAAGACCCCAUGCUACUCGCGCAGGGCCUCCUUACCAAUAUGCCGCUUCUGGGCGCGAAAGCAACGGAAGUGUUCUCCGGCACAAUAGCAGAGGCUAGGGAGGAUGGGUUCACACGGCUUGUACCCAAUGUACUCAAACCCAGCUCAUUCAACUUCUUAGCCAAGCAAUAG